AUGAAGUUCACUGGUCUCGCCAUUGUCAGCCUCAUUGGCUGCGCUGCUGCCUUGCCUCCAUUUGGUGCUUCUUCUACACCGUCCAGCUCGGUUUCUGUUUCUGUCACCCCGAGCGCUUCUCCCAGCUCGUCCAGCAUCGCCUUCGCUGGUCUUAGCAAGCGCUCUGAAACCCCUUCUAGCUCUGCAGCUCCUUCCAGCUCCUCGGUCGCAGCCCCAUGGGUAUACCACAAGCGUCAAUUUGCCACUCCCUCCAGCUCCGGUAUUGCGUCCAGCUCUGCAACCCCAUCCAGUUCCUCUGUUGCAGCCCCAUGGGUCUUUCAUAGACGCCAGUACGCGACUCCCUCCAGCUCUGCAACUCCUUCCAGCUCUGCGACCCCAUCCAGCUCUGCGACCCCAUCCAGCUCUGUCGCAGCCCCAUGGGUCUUCCACAGACGCGAGUACGCGACUCCUUCCAGCUCAGCCACCCCCUCCAGCUCCGCUACUCCUUCGAGCUCUGCGUCCGUGACUCCCACCAGCUUCGCAGCUCAGAAGCGCAAGUUCUCUGGUUCCAGCAGCUCUUCGUCCGCCUCGCCCUCUUCUUCUUCCGCUACUCCUUCCUCCUCCGCUACUCCUUCUCCCUCUCCUUAA